AUGUCAUACGGCAGCGACACGGCUCACGUGUGGUCCAGCUCGGGAGGCAGUGAGGUGUCACCAUACGGGCCCCUGUGGGACGCGCCGCCGGCUCCGGUGCCUUACCCCGAUAUCCUGGCUUUUCCACCGGCCGACCUCGUUUGGUCGGCGGCCGGCUGUGGGCGCAGCGUCGCCCGCGCCACGCCGAGCAACAAGAAGCCGCGGCGGCGCGUGGCCUCCGUCGCGCAACGCCGCGCCGCCAACAUACGGGAGCGACGCAGGAUGUUCAACUUGAACGAGGCCUUCGACAAACUGCGUAGGAAGGUACCGACGUUCGCAUACGAAAAACGUCUCUCUCGCAUCGAGACCUUAAGGUUGGCGAUUACGUACAUAAGCUUCAUGUGUGAGCUCUUGCACGGGUCGCCGCAGCCUCACCAUGGCCAUUCCGCCAUACAUCCGCCAAGACUGUUCGACUCCGAGGUGACCUGGUGCGGCUGA